UUUUUUUAAUUUCAGAAAAUGAAUAAUCGUCCGUCUCAAUUCAAUUAUGUACAGAAUAAAAAUAGUAGUAAUAAUAUUGAUCAAGAAACAAUUGACACUAAUAGUGUUGUUUCCCUUGACAAAGAAUCUGAUGUUAUUACACAAGAAAAUGGUUCUAAGGUUUUAACCUUGUUAAAUGAUAACAAAGCUGGUAUGCUAGAUUUAAAUAAAGAAAAAAUAAAUCAGAUAAUUUAUGAGGCGAGCAAGGGCUCAAAGUUUUAUGAAAAUGAAAUUAGAAAGGAAAAUAAAAUAAAAGAAAAAAUUGAGCAGUUGAAUAACGAACUAUUAAAAUUUAGUGAUAAUGAAAUCAAAAAUGCUUUAGUACAGAGUAAUUUUAUUUAUGAUCAGUUAAAAAAGCAAAUUGAUUUGACACGAAUAUUGGUUCAUAUUGAUAUGGAUGCAUUUUAUGCAGCAGUCGAAAUGAGAGAUAAUCCAGAAUUGCAAAGCAUUCCAAUGGCAGUAGGAUGUUCUGCAAUGUUAUCAACUUCUAAUUAUAUUGCAAGACGUUAUGGUGUCAGAGCAGCUAUGCCAGGAUUUAUUGCAAAAAAACUAUGCCCACAAUUAACUAUUGUUCCACUUCAUUUUGAAAAAUAUCAGCAAGUUAGUCUCGAAAUACAAGAAAUAUUUAAAGAAUAUGAUUCUAACUACUUACAAUUAAGUUUAGAUGAAGCCUAUUUAGACUUGACAGACUAUAUUAAAAACAAUGCUCCGGUUUCAGAGUUUCAAACUGAAAAAGAUUUUGUAGAAAUUGUUGUUGAAGAAAUUCGCAGUAAGGUGUUUGAAAAAACCAAGUUAACAUGUAGUGCUGGUAUUGCACCAAACACAAUGUUAUCAAAAAUAUGUUCUGAUUUUAACAAACCAAAUGGACAGUUUUAUUUAAAAUCAGAUUAUCAAAUUAUUAGUAAUUUUGUUAAAGCAUUACCUAUUCGUAAAAUUGUUGGUAUUGGACAUGUUACCGAACAGAUUUUGAAAUCAUUUAAGAUUUUAACAUGUAAUGAUUUGUAUGAGAAACGUAAUAUACUAUAUCUGUUAUUUUCAGAGAGUACAUUUAUGAGCUUUAUGCAAACUGCGUUAGGAAUUUCAUCAAAUCGUUUAGAGCAAAGCGAACGAAAAAGUAUGAGUGUAGAACGAACAUUUCAAGAUAUGUCUAAUAUAGAGGAUCUUUUAAAAGUUUGUAAAGAUGUAGCUGAAAACUUAGCAAAUGAUUUAUCUCGAGAAAAGCUUGGUGGUCGAACUAUAUCAUUAAAGUAUAAACUAUCAACAUUUGUUACAAAGCAGCGAUCAAAAACUUUUUCAGAAUUAAUUUCUAAUGCAGAAGAUUUGUUUACUAUUUCAAAGGAACUUCUUUUAAAUGAAAUAAAAAAUCACAAAAAUGGUGGAUUUGUUUUAAGACUUUUGGGUAUUCGUGUCACACAUUUAGAUAAUCAAAAGAAUUUUAAGCAGAAAACUGUUGAUCAUUUUUUUAAUAAUGAUCUUUUCAACAAAGUAUCAAAGCAAAUGUGUCCCUUAUGCGGAGGUUGGUUUCAAGAUACUAAGAUACAAGAUCAUGCAAGUAAAUGUCUUUCUGAAGAUUAUGAUUAUGACAGAUCUUCUUUGAAAUUCAAAAAUAAAGAAAAUCAAAAAUCCACAUCCUCGAAAACACAAGUUUUAACCUCUUUUGAAAACUUGAGCGAAAUGGAAAACCCUGUUGAAUGCCCUAUUUGUGGAGCAGUUAUUAAAUGUAAUUUAAACUCUCAUAUAGAUAUUUGUCUAAAUAAACAAACUGUGAAGAAUCUAGUCAGAGAUUCAAUGAAUCAGAAUGUCUCUAAUGUUUCACGAAAACGCAAAUCAAUUAAUGAUAAAAAAGUAAAACAACCUGAAAAAAAAACAUUACUUUCAUUUUGGGAAGAUAUUCAAAAGUAAUUUUAAAAAAAGAUUUCAAAAAUAAUUUUUUUUUUACAAUUUUUUUUUACUUCAAAUAUUAAAAUGAUUAUAAAAUUUUUAUUACAUGUAUUUAUUUUUUGUUUGUUUUCUCUCUAUUCUUUA